GCGGCGGCGGCGGAGCAGGAUGGAGAUCCCGGUUCCUGUGCAGCCGUCCUGGCUGCGCCGCGCCUCGGCCCCCCUGCCCGGACGCCUCUUCGACCAGCGCUUCGGCGAGGGGCUGCUGGAGGCUGAGCUGGCCACGCUGUGCCCCGCCGCGCUGGCCCCCUACUACCUGCGAGCCCCCAGCGUGGCGCUGCCCACCGCCCAGGUGCCAACCGACCCCAGCCAUUUCUCGGUGCUGCUGGACGUGAAGCACUUCUCCCCGGAGGAAAUCGCCGUCAAGGUGGUUGGCGAACACGUGGAGGUGCAUGCGCGCCACGAGGAGCGCCCGGACGAGCACGGGUACGUCGCGCGCGAGUUCCACCGCCGCUACCGCCUGCCCCCGGGCGUGGACCCCGCAGCAGUGACGUCCGCGCUGUCUCCCGAGGGCGUCCUGUCCAUCCAGGCCGCGCCGGCGCCGGCCCAGGCGCCACUGCCGCCGCCACCACCGGCCGCGGCCAAGUAGGGGUCUGGGCACGCCUGAACCCCGGGAGUCUCUACCGGCUCCCUCUUUUAAUGCCGACCUGACUCCGCCCAGCCAGAUGCCCCGAGCGCGCAAGACCACCCUCCCACCCAACCUGGAACCCUGCCCUGACCCUAGCCUCCACUCAGUCCUGAUAACCUAGACCUUUCCACCGACACCCCCUGCUCUCACAACCCCUCCUGCUUUCAAGGCACCCGGCCUCCACCUCCCUGGCUUCCAGACCUUACAAGCACAGCUGCUCAGCCUCCAUCUCCCUCACAUCCCCACUGACCUCACUUUCUUGGCAUAUCUCGAGACUCCCUCAUCUGUUUCCUUCUGACUCCUCCAAGAAAAAAUAUUCACACCCCAUUUCGAGCCACUCCUCCCUCUGACACCAGAGUAUAGUGUAGACAGCACGGACCCCAAACCAGUCAAGCAUUUCCUCCUCCCCUCAAAUGUCCCAGGUCUCCCACCCAAGACCAUCCAGGUCUGUUCCCCUGGAUCCUGCCCCUUAUUCCAAACAGACACUCCACUUCAACCCUUCCCGUCUCUGACUUGAAAUUCCAGCCAGCCACCCCUAAACUCUCGAGCCCCUUCUUUGAUCCCCACCCUUGUGUACCUCUGUACAACCAGAGCUCUCAAGUUCAAACUAGACACAUACCACCCCAUUUCCUGAGAAUGCAGAUGUCAUAUAUCCCCCCAGCCUCAACUAACCAGACACCAGUCACUACGUCUUGACCCCCGAGUCUCCAAACAUGUCCUAGGCAACCCACCUCUAAUAUUCCUCCCACCUUAUUCUCAAAGCCCCAACCAAAGAGCCCACCUUUCUUUCUCCUUGAGUUCCCUGUGGUCCCAUCUCCCCACUGCUACCGAGGCCCACUCCCCCAAUAAAUGUGCUAAAGCUAUGUCAACUGCUCUCUGUCUGGGCUGGGCAGAAUGGGCUGGAGCAAGCAGAGGCUGGUGUGGAGAAGG